AUGGGCAUUCCUAAGCCAUCCAUACCCUUAUCAACCAGUCUCCCCUCCAUACAACCGCUCACCUUCCUACGAGCAACACAGACCCUUUUUGCCCUCCUCACGCUCUCCCUCGCCGCGUCCGUGGCUGCCACAUUCAACAACCACAGCUCAUCCAUAUCCUCCCCUCGCCAAGUAAACUUCCUCAUCUUCACCUCGCUUUUCACCCUCCUCCUCAUUAUCCCAUACACGACAUUGGCCCCACGCUUCUUCCCUCGCCUAGCCCAAGUCCAUGUGAUGCUUAGCGCCGAAGCCUCCACAGCACUAUUCUGGUUCGCCGGCUUCAUCGCCAGCGCUGACCUGCUCCGGAAAUCCCCUCUCUCACUACACUCUCGAGCCACCGCCAUCGCCGCCACCGUCUUCGCCUCCCUCCUCUUCCUCACCUUCGCCGCCACCACCUCGUUCGCCACCCAUCACCUGCUCACCUCCUCCAAUACCGCCCAGCCACGCUACAAGCGCACGCACUACCACUCCCACAGCCGCAACCUCUCAAACCUCGCGCUGGAAAAACACCACGCCCACGACCGCUUCCACGCCCGUAUGGUCCAGCACAGCUGCACCAGCACUGACGACCUCGUGGCCUACCCCCCGCCCAACAUCAAAAUCUUGCCCAAGCGCGGCUUGGACCUGGAAGUUAACUCCAUGCAGGUGCAGACACCGCCGCCGCGGGGGAACCGCCCACAACCACAGCGCGAGCAAAGCAGCUGGUCGCCAGACAGCUGCACCUCGCCCCAGAGACUCGGGUGGGGCCACAGCCCGCGCUCCAAAGCUUCUGAGAACGUGGGUGCGAGGCCGUACAGCACGCGCGUGGCGGGCCGUGUGAGGCAGGGCGUCGGCGAGAUCCGUCUGGGAGUCGGCGAGGUGGGCGAGCGGCUGAAGGCGCGCAUGCCCCGGGGCGUGCAGGUGGGCAAUUCGAGCGGUUGGUUUGGUAAGGAGCGGGCAGCGGCUGUGCCGGAGGCGGAGACGGGAUGGAGGCGCAUGCAUGAGAUGAGACCCGGGGCGAGGGGGAAGAGGGCGGAGAUGGGGGUGUGA